UCGGCGCGGCCCAGAAACAGAGCGGGUGUAAAGGCGCGCGUGUAAAUCACGAAAGCGAGCGCUGUCGAAGCGACGUCUCGCUCGAAUACUCCGACGCGAAAAAUAGAUACUGCCGAUAUUCGCCGGGAAUUAUUCCUUACGGAUAAUACCAGCGGCGACUUCGACGGCGACACAACGCACGCCCUCUGUACUGAAGAUCCUAAACGACCCAAACAUGCCUAUGUACCAGAGGCCAGCAUUCUGGAGAGUUCCGCAUCAGAGGCCGGACCCUGACGAUGAAAAAAGAAGUUUCGAAAGACGACGAGUGACGCCAGGCACGCCGGCCGGAAAGGAACUAGCACGCGGCGACAUCAUUGCCAAAAUUGACGACUACGAUGCACGCGACCUGCGCCAUGAAGACGCGCAGAACCUAUUCAAGAACGCCAAUAACCAGAUCAAAUUAGUGGUGCAGAGAGGCAGACCGAGUGCACACUUAUGUCCAAUGACACGUUAUAGCAGUUUCUCUGGGCGUUCGCCCACUCCAUCGUUAUAUUACGAUCGAUUCGAGGAUGUGGACCGCGAGGCGCCGCGCGAUGCGACACUAGCGCCACGCUCGCCGAUAGUCAACAGCGCUGCACCUCCCUUCAGGACACCUAGUCCGUUGCCGUCAGCAUGGCGCGGACCGGAGUCUUUACCGCGGAGCACUCCUGUGCCGCCCUACACACAGUUCCCUGUGCAACAAGAGGGCGAGUUCCGCUCCGUCAUGCUGACGCCGCCUUCCAGUCGCGGAGAGGACGUCAUCGACGAGUCCAUUCAAAGUCAGCCGUACCGCACGACGCCACUGGUGCUGCCGGGCGCGAAAGUGCGACGCGAGCCUGGCCCCACUGAGAGCUAUCUGCGGCACCACCCCAACCCCGCCAUGCGCGCGCCACCGCACCACGACUACCGCGACACACUCAUGAAGCAAAAGGUGGCGGAGUCGGUGCUGCAGCGAGUGGUGGGAGAAGAGGGCAAUAAGUUUGUGCACAAGCAAUUUAAUUCGCCCAUCAACCUAUAUUCGGAACAAAACAUCGCCAACUCGAUCCGACAACAAACAACGCCCUUGCCCUCUAACGGCCAUUACGGGCGGCCGAACGUUGUCAAGAGUCACAAGCCCACGGUGCAAUACGACCCCGCCGCCUCCGACACGUACCGCGCGCUGCACGAGGCCGAGCCCGCGCAAGAGCACUCCGCGCCGCCCACCAACAAGCUCUUCACAGCGCCUCACAACAAGAGGCCGACGCCUGCUCCGAAAGCAACCAAACAAGCUGAGGCGAUCUCGAAAACAAAACAAACGACCUUCGUGAACUCUUUACACGAGGAGGAUAUCCAGCAGUCGAACUCAUUCAAGAGGCUCAUGUACAAUGUGCUCGGCGACACGGAGCUCUAAGUAACACACCUAAAAAUCAGUUAAAAAUUGCCAUAUCAAAAAAUACCAAAAAAUGGUUUUUUUUCGGUGAUCUUUUCUAUUCUUCGUAUUUAACUGAUUUAAAAUGUACAAGAAAAGGUUAGAUGGCGCUACGUAUUUAGAUAUUUUAUCAACUUGUAACGAAACAAAGACUAACAAUUAAUGUAGACGGCGCUGAUGUCGCCCUAAUGGUGUGUAAUUUCGGUGGAUUUUAUUAAUUCUAAUACUCGAGUAUUAGUUAUAUACAAUUUUUAUUUAAGUAGACAUGUAACUUGUAAGUGUUGAUAUUCUGUUUGUACAGAAAUAUAAUUUAUGUAUAACAUAAGAGUUGAGUGUAAAGUCUAGUCACGACCCGAGCUCUGGUCGCAGCGCGCGUCUUUGAUGUAUUCGAACUAUAUUAAAUAAAUUAUUUAUUUUAUCUA